UUUCGGAGUCAUUCAGCGCCUCCUGGAGGAAGAAUUGAGUGUUUGCUGCUCAAUGCGACACUCGCAUGCGCCGUACGGCAGAUGUUUACUACAGUUCUGAACACGUUUGCGGCGGCAACACGGCAGUGGACAGCGUGAGGAUCUUUUGUAAACAAAUGCGAAAUUCGGAUAUGUCGGUUUAGUAUUUAGUGUUUAGAGUGAUCACAGCCCUUUCAAAAUAAUUCGACAAUAAAUGCUGGGAAUAUUCUCAUCAUCAAGGCUAGAAGUGCAUCUGAACACGCAGGAGACACUCCAGGUGAAUCUGUGUGCCGUACUAGAGUAAAGAUGGAGUUUAUUAAAGAGGAGAUUGAAGACAUGAGUGAUCCAGAACCAUCCAGAAUAAAACAUGAAGAUACUGAGGAACAAACAGACCAGGUGAGAGUGAAAGAGCAAAGACAAGAACUGAAUGAAGUGGAGGAGGAACAUCGUAACUUUACAAUUCAAAGAACAAAAGCCAAAGAGACGCACACCUGCACUCAGUGUGGAAAGAGUUUCACACACAAAGGAAACCUUAACAAACACAUUAGAAUUCACACUGGAGUGAAACCGUAUACAUGCACUCAGUGUGGAAAGAGCUUUUCUCAAGCAUCAGGUCUCAGUUAUCAUCUGCGCAUUCACUCUGGAGAAAAGCCGUUUAACUGUGAUCAGUGUGGUAAAGAUUUUAUUUCAUCAUCAAAACUAAAAGAUCACCUAAAAGUUCAUUCAGAUGAGAGGCCUUAUGUGUGUUCUCUCUGUGGAAAGAGUUAUUCAUGGCUGGACAGUUUUAAACGGCACCAGAAAACACACAAUGAAGUGAGAGAUCAUGUAUGCUUUGACUGUGGGAAGAGCUUUACUAGAUCUGCUGAUCUGAAACUGCAUCAACGAAUUCAUACUGGAGAAAAACCUUACAAGUGCUCAUAUUGUAACAAGAGUUUCAAUCAUUCUGGAAACUUGAAAUCACACGAGCGAGUUCAUACUGGAGAGAAGCCGUACGAAUGUACUCAGUGUGGGAAGACUUUCACCCAAUCAAGUAAUCUAGUGACUCAUAUUAGAAAGCAUUGUUCUGUGUCACAGUGAGCAAAUAAUGUGUUGUUAGUUAACUAAUAAACUAGUGUUGCUGUGAAAUGCCACAAGAUGUGUUUUAUAAGUUGGAGAACAAAAAUAUUAUUGAUGUAGCACCCUGCUGAAUUUAUUUAUUGUUUCCUUUGUGUUCUCCUAACAGAAAUAUAGUACCUAUAUCCUGAAAUAUUGUCCAGUUCAAUUGUCCCAGGUUGGUAACACCUUUUCUUUUUUGUUUUUGUAUUAAUAUGUGUUAAUAAAUUGUGAGGUGUUGAAAUAUG